GGGACUGCACCUAGCAAGUUAGUUUGUAAUGAGGAGCUGGUGCUGCAUUAUCCAGCACCGAUCAUUUCAGUUUAUGGGAUGAGUUUGUUGUUGUUCCUUUGCAUGUGUAUUGAGGUUUCAUUUUCCAAAACACCAUGGAUAAAUACGUAAAGUUGAAUAAAAUUGGGGAAGGAUCAUUUGGAAAAGCUAUCUUGGUUAAAUCGAAGGAAGAUGGCAAGCCAUAUGUCAUCAAAGAAAUCGGUAUUUCUAGGAUGUCUAACAAGGAGCGUGAUGAAUCAAGAAAAGAAGUUGCCAUGUUGGCAAAUAUGAAACACCCAAAUAUUGUGCAAUACAGGGAGUCAUUUGAAGAAAGAGGCUGUCUUUACAUAGUAAUGGAUUACUGUGAAGGUGGUGACUUGUUCCAGAAAAUAAAUGCACAACGAGGAAUUCUAUUCUCGGAAGAUCAGGUUAUGGAUUGGUUUGUGCAGAUCUGUUUAGCACUGAAACAUGUGCACGACAGGAAAAUUUUGCACCGAGACAUAAAAUCUCAGAACAUCUUUUUGACCAAAGAUGGGACUGCACAGCUUGGAGAUUUUGGAAUCGCAAGAGUUUUAAACAGCACUGUCGAAAUGGCUCGUACCUGCAUAGGAACACCAUAUUAUUUGUCACCCGAAAUCUGUGAAAAUAAGCCAUACAACAAUAAAAGUGACAUCUGGGCCCUUGGAUGUGUCCUUUAUGAGAUAUGCACACUCAAACAUGCAUUUGAAGCUGGCAACAUGAAAAACUUAGUACUUAAAAUCAUUCGUGGAUCAUAUCCUCCAGUGUCUGCACAUUAUAGUUGUGAUCUGCGAAGUCUGGUAUCAUUACUCCUUAAAAGGAAUCCUAAGGAUAGACCAUCUGUCAUCUCCAUAUUGGAGAAGCCUUUUGUAGCGAGAAGAAUUGAGAAAUUUCUUACGCCCCAGCUUAUAGCUGAAGAGUUUAAUCACACUAUUCUUCGUAACCAGUUUAAGGCUGGAGUGUUUGCUGCACCAGCAAAACGACCAGCUGUGGGGCCAGUCUCUCCUUCAGUAGCACCUGCUCAGAAAAUUACAAAACCUGCUGCCAAAUAUGGAGUGCCUUUAGCUGUCAAGAAAUCAGGAGAUUCUGCAAAAAAAAUGUUUGAUAGGAAGCCAUUAGUUAAGUAUAAACAGGCCCUACCUGCUCCAGUAAAGAGGGUGAAUCCUGUAGACGAAAGAAGGAAAUUAUUAGAGGAAGCUGCUAAGAGGAAGAAAAAAGAACAAGUUGAAAGGGAAAGGAAACAGAAAGAGCAGAUUGCAUUGCUAAGAGAGGAACAAAUGAGAAGGAUUGAGAAGGAGCGACUUGAACGAAUGAACAGAGCUAGAGAGCAAGGAUGGAAGAAUGUUCUUGCUUCAGGCCGCAUUAGUGAACUUAAGGCCAAUUUUUUUGGAGGAGGUGGUGGAUUUGUAUCCAGCCGUGGACAGUAUGAACACUACCAUGCCAUACUUGACCAGUUGCAGCAGCAUCAACAAAAGGAGAACAUCAAGAUAGGUGGUGGUGAUUCAAAGCUGGUAUCUGAUAGCAAUAGUCAAGGCCAUGUGGACAGAGUUCCACCUGCAGCAAGUCCAAUAGUUUCCAAUAACUCAGCAUGCCAGUACCAGUUCCCAGAUGCUGAUGCUGUUAAGAGAGAAAUGAAGAGGCUGGAAGAGGUGUCCAUGCAAGCCAUUGCAAACAGACAGCGAGGGCAGGGGGCUGCAGAAAAGGCAAAACAAGUAGAAGAGUUCUUACAAAGAAAACGUGAAGCAAUGAUUAAUAAAGCUCGUGCUGAAGGACAUUUGGAAUAUUUGGCUAGACUGAAGCAGUUACGCCUUCAGAACUUCAAUGAACGUCAGAUUAAAGCCAGACUUCCAGGUGAAAAGAUUGAAGAGUUUGUUUGCGAAGAGCAUGAGAAGGGAGAUGAAGCAGAGGUGAGGCGUAAGAAGAUUGAAGCACUAAAGGCACAAGCAAAUGCCCGUGCAGCACUGAUAAAAGAACAGUUGGAGAGAAAGAGAAGGGAAGCUUAUGAAAAAGAAAAGAAAGCAUGGGAAGAACAUCUAGCAGCAAAAGGUCUGAAGAACCCAAAUGUGCCUUCAAAUGUACCACCAGCAGUUGGACCCGUUUUUGUAUUUCAGGAAAAGGCAAAUGCAGCAGCCCCUUCUGUCAAACCCCAGCUUCCAGUAAAACUCAGUACACCAGUCAUAUCCAUGACAGCAGCUCUCAGGGAUGUUGGUGCCGUUGAAUAUUCUGUUUGCAAGGUACCUGAAGAAGUCAGUAAGCCAGAAUCCCACAUUAUUCAGAAUGAAAAACGUGAAAUACUUAAACGUCUGAAUCAGAACUUAAGAGCUGAUGAAGACUUUGAAGAAGAAAAGAAGAAAGCUGAAGAAAAUUCCAUUAUUUGCGUUUCAAACAAAGAUGAUCUACAGCAGGAAGAAAAGGCUCUUACAGGCGCAGAGCGAAAAAAAUGGGAGGCAGGGGCUCAGCCUGUAGUUCUUCCACUUGCACAACUAACAGUGGUAGACACUUUGCUUGGAACAGAGGGACUUGCAGUGGGUGAAAUUGUUAAGAAGGAUGUUGCUGAAACACAAAGGAAGUCAUGUGAGAAGAACCCCACUAACACUAAUGUGAAUGCAUUGGAAAAUGCAAAGCUACAGCUUCAGAUGGCAGUUACAGAGCAGGCAGCUGCUGAGGAAGAUAGUGUUCACUCUGUGAGUGAAGUACCUAGUCAACAUGCUGAAGAAAUCUCAAGGCGAGUAUGGGGAAAAGGCCCUGCUAGCACAGUACUCCGAGUACUGGGAGAAGCUGAACUGCAGUUUCAGACAGUAAUGGUGGAAGGAGCAACUUUAUGUGCUAAAAGUGAGAUUUUGAAGCCCGAAAAUAGUAAAAUCUUCAAAGCUGGAGAGCAUAAUGAAAUAGUCACAGAUGUUCUAGAUGGCAUUAUGGAGUCAAACAAAUGUACUCUACCAGAAUAUGAAAACACAAGCUCUGAAGAGAAACUUUCCAUUGUGCAUCAACCUCUUCCGACUACCAAAGCUACGGAAGUCAAGGACAAUUCUGAUGGCCUAUAGAGGAAAGUCUCCAUAAGGAAAAGGACGAUGAAAGAACAUCAGAAGAAAUAUUGCCAAAAGCAGAAUUAAAGAGUAUGGCAGCUGAGGAAGGCAGAUUUGAAGAUAAUCCACAUCCUGAACCCUUCUUCCAGAAAGUAGCUCUUCCGGGAAAUAGAACAGCUGAAGCAGUUCUUUUAGCCCACAUUUCCGAGGAGACAUUGGUUUCAAACCCCAGUUGUACGUCCCCAUCAAAAUCAAAAAGCAAAGACUCGCUGCUAAUAGGACUGUCAGCAGGGUUGUUUGACUCUCAAAACCCAAAGAUGUUGAGAACUUGCUCACUUCCAGACCUCAGCAAACUUUUCAGGACAAUUGUUGAUGUUCCCAACAUUACGGAAACUCAUGCGGACAAUCUUGAAAUAGAGGACAUAGAAGAAGAACAGCUUAAGGAAGAGGGUCAUUCAGAUUCUGAAGACACUAUGUUUGAAGAUGGUGAUCCAGACCUACAAGAGCUGCAGGCCUCUAUGGAGCAGUUGUUAAGAGAACAACCCAAUGAGGAGUACAGUGAAGAGGAGGAGGCAUGUUCUGGUCAAGAUCAGCAGGAGGAUGUUGACGAAGUGCCACAAGAUGAUGAGGGUGAAGAGAGUGUAAGUGUCUUAGCAAGUGGAAUUGAUUUAGAUGAAGAGGAGGACAACCAUCCUAGCAGUGAAAGUGCACUUAAUGAAGAAUGGCAUUCAGAUGACAGUGAAGGUGAUAUUAUCAGUGAAGGAGAUGAUGCUGAGAGUGUCUUCAGUCAUUUGGAGGAACUCCGAUUUAAACUGGAACAGGAACUUGGUUUUGAUAAGUUCAUUGAAGUGUAUAAUAAAAUUAAGGCCAUACAUGAAGACGAAGAUGAAAAUAUUGAUAUUGGCUCCUCUAUAGUGCAGAAUAUCCUAGGUACCGAGCACCAGCACUUGUAUUCCAAGAUUCUACAUUUAGUAAUGGCAGAUGGUGUCUAUCAAGAAGAUAAUGAUGAAUAGGAACACAUCUUGAUGGAACAACAGUGGAACAUUUCCUGUAUUGUUGCUUGAUUGAAACUAUAAGAUAGGAUAACAGCAGAGAAAUUGAACUUUGAGUUACUGCUGGAAUAAGCACUUUGAAGUAAACUGAAGGCUUGUGGCUGUUAUUUACAUAUUGAAUGUGGGGAAAAGUCUAAGCAUAUUGUACACACUUAAGUCAUUUUGCCUUAAGUCUAUUCUUACCUCUUAAUGCAUAACUGAUAAAACGGUACCAUUGUGAAAUCUAUGACCAAAGCAUUACAGAGAUAAGGAAAUCUUUUAGUCUGUCAUGCUGUAAUCCUCAUAGAGUGUCACUAAGUAAAAACAAAUUGCAGGCAAUUUAUGUGUGUCUGUCAACUGGAAGUGACCAUCAGUAUAAUGUAAUUAAAUGUUUGCUUUUCUAAUUUUUUUGAGGUAAAGCAUAUUAAAUUCUCCACUGUAAUAAGCAUGGUUAACUUUUCCACAACAGAAUUUUCUCCUUUUUCACAGACCUAUCUUCGUCUAUCACAAGGAUCUCAGGCCAACCAAUCUGAAUAAACUUUUAUGCAUCUCUGUAGAUGCACAUCAGUAUGAACAUUUUUUUUACCAUUUUACCUAUAGUUACAAAACCCUCUACAUAUGCACUUACACACACGCAUGCAUUUUAAGAUGCAUUCUUUCUACAAAGUUAAUAUAAUGCUAUGCCAUUUUAUUUUUUUAGUGACAGCUUUCACCUGUACAUUCCAAAUGUAAUAUUGUCUUGAACAAUUACUUGUGAAGAAAAGUAGGUAUGUAGUAAGAACAUCAAUAAAGUCUUCUGAUUUGCUGAUGACACAGGGACCAUCACAAUAUAUUUUAAACACUAUCUGCAGUCUUUAUUAUGCAGAUGGAUUGCUUUGUCAGUUGGUUUAUUGGAUUGUUCAUAUAUCAGAUUAUUGCAGGAGAGUUGAAAUGUGUAUAUCCUCCAGUUCUGUAUAAAACCAAUGCAGUGUAUAUUAUGUAUUCCUAUUGAUGUAAAUUAAAGACUUGAUUUUUGUACAAUA